CUACAAGUCCAAAAAGUGCAGAUUGCAUUAAAGUUUGACGGGAAGCAGCAUGUAAGGAAAAUUACAAAACAAAGAUGGGUAGUGAUCUGGGAUUUGAUUUGCAAAUGGUCAAAUUUUCUUUUAUAUCAAAGACAGAGUGGCCCGAAUCGAUAUGCUAAAUCCACAAGUAUUGGUUUAAUUGCUCUUCUGGAUCAAGAAAAUUUCUCCAACUGAGCCUGCAACUAUAUUAACAUCCGAAUUUUGGGGAAAAAACAGCUAAAUGUAGUAGCAACAGGAAUGCAGUAUGAACAUGACCAUGCAUGUGUUUCGAAAAUAGCAGAGCAGUUUGGCAGGUGAUAUUGCCAUAUUGGGAGUCGAAACAAAGAAGCCUCUCAUUUCCUCAACGACCCAGCAUCCUCCUGUUAAUGUUUUUUCAUUUGUUUCUGUUGCUAUAUUACAUCAAUGAGUGGUGGGAGCAGUUGAUCUUUGAAACUUAAUUCAGAAUGAGUAGUUAUCAUCUUUCCAAUUCUUGAGAUACACACACGCGUGCAUCUUCCAUCUGUCUGUAUAGCUAGCUCCUCGGCUCUAUUUAUAUAAAGGAGUGUACAUGUCCAUGAGGCAAUAGCCAGUAGCCAAGUAGGUCUUAGAGUUGAAUAUUACUUGGAUUCAUUUCAACUCCACAAUUCUGCAUAUUUCUUUAGAAGAAUCUGAAUGGGCAAGGAGGGAGGGAUUGCCGCAUUCAUCUGUCUUCUUCUUUGUUUCCUAUGUUCAAAUGGAGGAGGGGCUGCUGUCUUUUCUGCAGAAGCAAAGCUGGUUCCACUUUCACGGCUUUUGGUCAACAAUCCUGGACAUGAUCAUAAGCCAAAUCACUAUGUGAUGAAAAGCAAUCAAAAGGAGGAAAAUGGAAGCAGGACGUGGUGUAUAGUGAAGCCAUCGACAUCUGAAGAAAAGCUGGACGAUAUCAUUCAGUACUGCUGCACUCAACCAAAUGUGGACUGCAAAGUGAUCCAGGCAGGGGGCACUUGUUAUCGUCCUCCCAACAAGAUUUCUGAUGCUUCAGUUGUCAUGAACAUUUACUACCACCUCAAUGGAAGACAAGAUUUCAACUGUGAUUUUAAAGGAAGUGGUCUUAUUGUUACUCGCGAUCCAUCAGUGGGCAAAUGCAUAUACCGAGCCUGAGGAAGCAUAUAUGUAGGUGUGAUGGAGGGUUUAAUAAAGCAGCUCACCAUCAUCAAUAAUCAGCAGGCUGCCUCUCAUGCACCCAUUACUACUCGCUGCUACUGCAAUUAUUAUUAUAACAUAGUAUCCUAAUGCUCUAACAUUAUUCAGUACUAAUUGAGACUGAUUAAACGGGGAAAGCUAGCUACCUCCUAUUUUCUUAUUAUACUUGCUUUGAUUUUACUCUACACACUUUUCUAUAAUGAGGAACUACAACUACUACUGUCAAUCAAAAUUCUCAUCGUAGUUUUGUGAAAACGAAUGCAUAAUAAUGCAUUUCCCUUUCAUCCACUUGUUUCAACAAAAAUACAUGCAUGUAUCAUUGGUAACAGUCGAGAUAUAUAAGAAGAGUGUGGACAGGGACAGGAACCAUUAUCAUUGAAGUACUCAACCACGGGAGAUUGACCUCAAGACGAACAGAACAACAAUGCAGAGGAAGAGAGAAAAGGAGAAUGCGGAGUGGAACCUGGAGCAGCUAGAGAGAGGUAUAGGUAUAGGUAUAGGUAUGGAAAGAUUGAAGGAGACAUGUGAUGAUUUGGGUUGUAAGAGAAUGAAGGCAGGUCGGUCAGGACGUCCUUUUCAACCUCAACCAGUGAUUACUCUCCGCCUCCGGCAUUGGAGUUUAGUUGAACUCUUAUUAUUGAGUGUAUCCCCUGUAGUAAUAAUUUUAUAAAAUAUAAUUUCAAAAUAAAUUAGAGCAUGUGAUAUUCAUAUACCUUUACUUAAGGCCGUUUGAAUUCCACGAUUUUCGGCCAUAUUGUUGGUGCUGUGUCGAUGGAUCCUUAGGGCCUCUUUUUGUUUCAAAAUAAUUUCUCUCUUUUUGUUUUUAUUUUUUUAUCUUCAUCAUUGCCUGGUUAAAUUUCUUUUCUUUUUUAUAUUAAAUUCUCUCUAUCCAUUCAUUGUGGUUAGAGUGUAUGCGAUAAACUCAAGUUAUGGAAGAAUGGAUAGACAGGAUUGAGAAAAUGUUAUAUGAUAU